UUUGUUGACGAGUAGCAAAAUGGGAACGUCCAACGAUUUGUUCAUACUCGUAUGUGCAAUUUUCUGUGUUUCUGUGACGUGCCUUGCUCCAAACGCCACCACAGAAGGAAAAGAUGAAGCUAUUUCCAAUCAAGAUUUGGUUAGAGAUUGUGACACACCAAAUCAUAAACGUGGUAUCUGUAUUGACAUCAGACAAUGUGCAAUUCUCCUAAAGCAAUUGUCAAAAAAAGAGGCGUGGGAUUUUUUAAGGGCAUCCAUAUGCAAACAACCAAGCAUAAACGACUUUUAUCCGAAAGUGUGCUGUGGAAAGGACGAUAACUUUAAAAACGACAGCAAAAUUACUGGAAUUGAUAUUUUACCGAAAAACUGUGGCUACCAGAACUACUCCACGGGCAGGAGAAUAUUUGGCGGUAAGGAAGCACUUAUAGGCGAAUACCCUUGGAUGGUUCUUCUGUUGCACACAAAUAAGUACGGUCAGAACGUACUUGGAUGCGCCGGUUUUUUGAUACACCCUAAGUACGCCAUCACAGCGGCCCAUUGUACACAUCCAGUUUCCAUUAACGAAAAAAGAGGACCGAUAACUUCAGUUUUGUUGGGAGAACAUGAUAUUAAAACUACUACGGAUUGCUCUGAAAAUAUGUGUGUCAAAAAUACUCAGAGUCGUAGAAUUGACAAAGUAAUUACCCAUCCUGGUUACGAUCCCUAUAAUACAGGACGUUACAAUGAUAUCGCUAUUAUCAAAUUUAAAAAAAAUGUUCGUGAGACAGUUUAUGUAAAACCCAUUUGCCUUCUGGAGGAUGAUACCCAGAUUCCAAUUAAUUAUGUUGUGAGCGGAUGGGGCAAAACUGAAAACGCAUCACAUAGCAAGGUAAAACUGUUUGUCGAAUUGCCUCCGUUCGACAAAUCGUCGUGCAUAGAAAAAUACACGACUUACAGAAUAUAUCUCAACGAGUCACAGGUCUGCGCGGGAGGCGAAGAACUGGCGGACAGCUGUACUGGAGAUUCGGGAGGUCCUCUGAUGAUGCAAAAAGAUAACGACACUUGGUACGCUGCGGGUGUGGUGAGCUUCGGAGUAGGCUGUGGAACGAGGGGAUUACCAGGAGUAUACACGAACAUUGCCAAGUUUCUACCAUGGAUCAAAUCUCAAAUGGUAGAAUAACAGAACAGUUGUAGAAAAAAUGCUGAAGAUCAUUGAAACAAGGUUGUCAUGAACAUCCACACAAUAAAGUAGUUUCCUUCAACCGCAAAGAAAUUGAAAUAUUCAUUCCUGAAAAAUAUGUAUUUCAUAAAUAUAUGAUUUUUUUAUUUCAAUUUAAAAUUUUAUUUGUCAUAAAUUAAACGACAUUUCGAUUGCAUAAUUAUUGUAUGCGUUAUUUUCAAUUAGGUCAAGCAGUUCAAUAGUUAGAAAAGACCCCAUUGUGGCAACAAGUUCUGUCAAACUUUAGUAAAAUAUUGAAAAUAUGACAUUUACGUUUUGAUCAUUUUUCCGAUAAUGAAAAUAUUACACUGAAUUUGUGAUUUUGUCAUAUUCUCAAACAAAAUUAUAACAAAAUUUGACACACCUUGUAGCUAAAUAUAUAUGUCUUACGACUGUGUGGAUUUUUGUGACAAUAUGUUUUCUGGGUUGCAAUAAAUAAAAUACUAAGAACCUCCAAAACUCCAAAUCGUUUUGUUUACAUUACAGUUUAAAGUAUGUGAUUAGCAGGAAAAAAUAUAUGAUAAAACUUUAGUUGUAUAUAAUAAUUAGAAUAAAAAUAAAAUAAUA